CAUUGUUUUAUUUCUAGUGUAAAUGUCGUUCAUGGCAUUUUUCAUUUGUCAAAAUGGUCAAAAAUCGAAUUAAAGUGUGUGCUAGAAUCAAGGGGGGAAAACAACCGAAGUGUAAAGUAGCGUAUUCUAUCGAAAAAGAGAGCUGUCAUGAAAUGUUGUGUCUUGAAACGCCUGAAUCAUCACGAAGCUGCUGCAGAAGAGGGAGAUGGUGUAAAUUUAGAUUUUCUAAUGUUUUUGAUAUAAAUGCAAAACAGGAACAAAUAUUUGGAGUCAUAGCACAGCCUAUUAUUAAUAGUUUUCUAAAUGGAUUCAACGGGACAAUAUUUGCUUAUGGGCAGACAGGUAGUGGUAAGACAUACACUAUUACUGGUUCGCCAGAGGACUACAGCGAGAGAGGAAUCAUACCUCGAAGCAUAGAGCAAGUUUUCAGGUUCACAAGUAAAUGUUGCGAGAAAUGUUGCGUCGGGAUAUCGUACAUGGAAAUAUAUAACGAAGUCGGAUAUGAUUUGCUAGAUUCGAAACAUCAAGCUUACUGUUUUGAGCAGUUACCAAAAAUAGUACUUUUAGAGGACAGUAAAGGAGAAAUUCACUUGAGAAACCUGAGUGUUCAUAAUGUAUCGAGUGUAAAAGAAGCAAUGAGGCUUCUAUUCCUAGGGGAUACUAACAGGACAAUUGCAGAGACUCCCUCAAAUGAUUUUUCUUCCCGUUCUCAUUGUAUUUUUACUAUUUACUUAUCUUUUUGGGUUGGAGGCACGGGAAAGAUCAGAAGAUCGAAAUUAAAUCUGGUAGAUUUAGCAGGAUCGGAACGCAUAUACAAGUCGAACGUAACUGGCGUGACACUAAUGGAAGCUAAAAGCAUUAACCUGUCUCUCUAUUACCUGGAGCAGGUGAUUUUGGCGUUAUCUGAAGCUAAACGGUCGCACGUCCCGUACCGAAACAGCAUAAUGACCAACAUAUUGAAGGACUCGUUGGGCGGAAAUUGUUUCACACUCAUGCUCGCCACCGUUACCAUAAGUCCUUACAAUUUCGAAGAAACAUUAAGUACCUGUAAAUUUUCUCAAAGGGUUGCGAUGGUCAGUACAGAUGCGUAUAUUAAUGAAGAAUUUGACCCUUAUCAAGAAAUAAGCGAACUUUCAAAAGAAGUUGAAAAUUUGAGAAAUCAUUUAAAGUUACAGUCCUGUCCGUAUGAUGACGGCAAUACCGCGUUAACUGAUGACGAAAUUUCAAAAUGCAAGGAAAUAGUUAGCGAUUUGAUAGAUUCAGAUGAAACAUCAUGUCCAAACAUCGAACCUAAUAUGAAGAUAAUUCAGCACUGUUUCAAUUUAUUAAAAGGCGAAAUAUGCCAUUUGAAGGCUAACUUAAGAUCUCAAGAAGAAAAAAACGAAGCCUUUUGCGAUUAUGAGGGUAUAAUUAAAGGCAAAGACGAGGAAAUUGAGAGAUUAAACUUAUUACUAAGAAAUGCAGUAACGCCUGAAAAUGAAGAGGAAUUAGAUUCUUGUCUUGAUUCAGAAGAAAGUCCUCCCAAUACAUGCAGGACUAUGGAUACAGUGCCUCGUAGAUCGAAAGAAGAAAUCCGUAUUUUUAAAAUCCAAGGCGAUCUUCAUAAAAAAUACGACAUCGCCAAAAGUAUUGUUCCGUUAAUUGAACAAUGUCAAAGGAAUAUAAUCAUGAUUAGGAAACGGAUCGACUCAAAUCAGCUGCCAGAUGAUACAACACAGAAUCUAUUGAAAGAACUUCAGAAUCAGCAAGAUAUUUAUAGAGAAUCUUUGAUGCAACUUCAGAGUAUCAAAGCUCAGGUAGAGCAUCUUGAGCAUGGUCUUCAACAAGCUGAAUUUGUAAUGGGAGGUAAAUUGAAGAAAUGGGUCUGCGAAUCGUCUUCUCAAAUAAUCGAUAGAGAUAUCCCACAAAUAGAAGACACAAGAUCUAAGCGAAGCACUUCAUUAGGGUCGACAUGUAAGUCAGUUACUGUUUCUACAAAUGACGUGAAAGAAAUUGGACUACAAACUGUUGAAGACAGAAGCGUAGGUUACUCUAAUCACCGACCAUCGACAAGUUGUGAUUAUUCAAGAAAUAGUUCCAGUGACCUUAAAUGUUACAAUUCGGAGGAGCCGUUUUGUAAAGAUUGCAAAAAAUUUUGUGAGAGAAGUAAGUCUGCAAGAUGUAUCAAAAACGAUGGUGCAUUGCCACUUGACGAUAACUGCUAUGCAACUGCAGAUAAGCCUACUGGUCAGAAAGUGAUUAGGGAAGUGAGAGAGAGACCACAUCCCAUUUUAAGUUGUCAUACGAAUACUGAAACCUCGUCUAAAAAGUCUCAAGUAAUUCCUCCGGAGUCAGAGAAUGUCGUAAACACAAGGGAAUCAUUUAGAAGACCCAGAAUGAUACCACCUGUAGUUUUAAACAGUUUUACGGAUACUAGAGAGGUAUCACAUCCAGUUUCAGCUUGUUGUAGUAACAAAAGAUCAUUAAGGGAACCAAGAUAUAGAUCUCCUCCUACUUCUUCAGAAAAUAUUAAAAACACCAAGAGAUCUUUUAAAGAAUCUCGAGUAACAAUCCCUGCAGACUCGGAGAGUCUAACAAGCGAAAGAAGAUCGUAUAAAAAAUCUAGGGAAAUACCACCUGUAGUUUUAGAUAGUUUCACCAACGUCAGGAAAUCGUCAAAGGAAUCCAGACAGUUGUCAUCUCGUGGUUAUUCAGAAAAUCGUGUAAACAAUAAGGAAUCUUUUAGGCAAUCCCGAGAAAAAAUAUCUUCAGACUCAGAAAGCCUCCUGAACGUUAAGGAACCAUUUAGAAGAUCAAGAGAUAUACCGGCUUACUCUAUAGAUAGUUCUAGAAAUAGUAGAAAAUCAUCCAAAGAACCCAUAGAGAUAUCACCUCCAAUUUUAGAUAGUUUGACCAAUGUUAGGAAAUCGUCAAGGGAAUCCAAACAGUUGUCAUCUCGGGGUUAUUCAGAAAAUCGUGUAAACAAUAAGGAAACGUUGAGGCAAUCCCGAGAAAAAUUAUCUUCAGACUCAGAAAGCCUCCUGAACGUUAAGGAACCACUUAAAAGUUCAAGAGAGAUAACGCCUUACACUAUAGAUAGCUCUACAAAUACCAGAAAAUCAUCCAAAGAACCCGUAGAGAUAUCACCUCCAAUUUUAGAUAGUUCCACCAAUAGAAAAUCGCUAGAUAGUUCUACAAAUCCUAGAAAAUCAUUAAGCGAAACCAGAGAAAUAACGUCUCCAAUUUCAGAUAGUCGUAGCGACGCUAGGAAAUCGUCUGUGGAACCUAGAAGAGCAUCGUCUUUGUCUCCAGAUGAUCUUACACAAAGCCGAAAAUCCCUUAGGGAACCCAUAGAAAUAACUAUAAAUUCAAAUAGUCUCGACAGUAUUCGAAAAUCGCUUAAAGAAGAUCAAAUUUACCACCACGAAAACGGCCCCAAUAUGGUGGACUCCUUUUGUCACGAAAAUUAUAGCCAGGAAAAUUUAAAUGUAAAUUCUAACAGUGUUAUAGAUCUCAGAAGGUCAAGUAAAAGCUUUCAAAUUAAUAAUGAUAUUUCGGACAAUGAGGAUACCUACGAUCCGUGUUAUUCUGGGCAAGGUAUUCAAAGCGUUGAUGAAAAACAUUACCACGUCAACUCUGUUCCAUUUUUAAACGUUAUGAGUGGUAUUACAUCGCAUUCGCAAAAUACAUUUAUGACAAAUAAGGUUGGAUCGUUCCUAGACGAUUGUCACUUGCUCCGUCCAAACGUCCCUUAUUUUGACGUUCAUGUAAAAAUAGAUCCCAACAAACAAAUCAAAACCACAACCGUACAUCAAAAAAUUGUCAGUAUCAAUCCUGAAAGUGAUGAUAUAUCGGGAUUACUCAUACCCCCAACUUUUUUUCAUAAAUCUUUAAAAAAAGGUUCGGACAUAUCAAACCAUCCAUUACAAAAAGAACGAAUCCCGAAGUUAAUCAAAAACUUAGCAGGAAGUUUAUUCCAUAAGGUAAAUAAGAAAAAAUUAAAAGAUAAUGGUACAGAAGGUGUUUUAGAGGAAGAGAGUGCAUCUUCAACUAAUGAAGGAGUUAUUUUAAAAGAUGAUGAAGUCGAAGAUAAAAAGUGUUCUUGCGAGGAAUUGAGCGAACCAAUCAAGAAAAAGCUGUCUGUAGUUAAAUUUGCCGAUGAUGUUAAUCAAGAAAUUUAUAAAACGAACGCUGAAUGUCCGGAAAGUAACACACACUGUCCAAAACAAACAAGUGAAACAUGUAGCGAGAAAAUCACAGUUGAAAAAUUUUCUUUUUUCAAAGACAGCGACAGUAAAAGUUUUAUAGAAUUUAUAAAAACCGUUCCUCUUACUGGCGAUCGAGAUGUUGACGAAGAGAUCGUUAAUUUUUAUAGAACAAAAUUUCAAUGUAAAUAAUAUAUUGUGUUGUUUUUGUUAAAAUAUAAUUUAGAGUUAUU